CUCAGGCCUGCUCCGACCCCGGUACCCUCAAAACUCAACGGGGAGGUUUGGUACCGGCGAGGACGGAGCAAACCCGGCCCCCGAAGUCCCUGCUAAGUCUUCCCAAGUAAGCGCUCCCCACCCCCAAAUCCCCGGAAGGCUCCAAGGAUCGCCUUAGGAUGGUGGAAGCUGCCGCGCGGGCGGACCGAAAACGAUGUCACACGGCAGGAGGAAAAAGCCUGUCUCCAGGAGGAAAGUGCCGGGGGUUACCUAGUGCCCAUAGACUCCGGGGUGCGCUGGGAGGUCCGCUUCUCCACGAAGCCCCAGGUUCCACGGCGACGAAGUGCCUGGUCCAACAUGGGGUCCCAGGUCUCGAUGGACAAGGGAGCUGUGCACGUGGUGAUCGUGGGCGGGGGCUUUGGCGGGAUUGCGGCCGCCAGCCAGCUGCAGGCGCUGAACAUCCCCUUCCUGCUUGUGGACAUGAAGGACUCCUUCCACCACAAUGUAGCAGCCCUCCGGGCCUCCGUGGAGAGUGGAUUUGCCAAAAAGACAUUCAUUUCCUACUCGGUGACCUUCAAGGAAAACUUCCGGCAGGGCUUGGUGGUCGGGAUAGACCUGAAGAAUCAGACUGUGCUGCUGGAGGAUGGCGAGGCCCUGCGCUUCUCACAUCUCAUCCUGGCCACGGGCAGCACCGGGCUCUUCCCGGGCAAGUUUAACCAGGUUUCCAGCCAGCAGGUCGCCAUCCAGGCCUAUGAGGACAUGGUGACACAGGUCCAGCGCUCACAGUCCAUUGUGGUGGUAGGAGGAGGCUCUGCAGGAGUGGAGAUGGCAGCAGAGAUUAAAACAGAAUACCCUGAGAAAGAGGUCACUCUCAUUCACUCGCAAAUGGCCCUCGCUGACAAGGAGCUCCUUCCCUGUGUCCGGCAGGAAGCCAAGGAGAUCCUGCUCCGGAAAGGCGUGCAGCUGCUGCUGAGUGAGCGGGUGAGCAACCUGGAGGAGCUGCCUCUCAAUGAGUAUCAAGAGUGCAUCAAGGUGCAGACGGACAAAGGCACGGAGGUGGCCGCCAACCUGGUGAUCGUCUGCAAUGGUAUCAAGAUCAACAGUUCGGCCUACCGCAGCGCGUUUGAUGACGGUCUGGCCAGUAAUGGUGCCCUGAAAGUGAACGAGUAUCUCCAGGUGGAGGGCUGCAGCCAUGUCUACGCCAUCGGUGACUGCGCUGAUGUGAAGGAGCCCAAGAUGGCCUAUCAUGCCGGCCUUCAUGCCAAUGUCGCCGUGGCUAACAUCAUCAACUCCAUGAAGCAGAGGCCUCUCAAAGCCUACAGGCCAGGUGCACUAACGUUCCUCCUGGCCAUGGGGAGAAAUGACGGUGUGGGCCAGAUCAGUGGCUUCUACGUGGGGCGGCUCAUGGUGCGGCUGGCCAAGAGCCGGGACCUGUUCAUCUCCUCAAGCUGGAAAACCAUGCGGCAGUCUCCACCCUGAUGUAGAGGCUGGGCGACAGACAGGCCUAAAUGAGACUGUGCCUCUCCCCCAAAAGACGGCCACCUCGCGGAGACUUCACCCAGCGCUCCGUUUCUGUGGACUGCGGCCAAGCAGGCUUCCUUUCUGGGAGCUGCUGCCUGAGGAAAGCAAGCCAUUCUGUGCUGUCUGACCUGGGGCCCAGCAUAGUGGGAGUCUCAGCCCCACAGCGACAGGCCUUGUUCUAGUUAUAUAACAUUCUAGAAGUUUCCACUCAUGGGGACACAGUUCUCCAAACUGAGGAAAUGUUGCAAUAAAAGGAUAUUUUGUAAGAAA